ACAUUCUUCUUUGGAGCAAAAGACAAUACCAGAAAAUCUGCCCUCCCCAGCAGACAAGUAUAAAGUAAAGUAUCAGCAGUAUGAGGCAGAGAUGAAGGAAAGAUAUAAGCAGUACUCUCAAAGAAUUGCAGAAAAGAAAAAAGACCACAGCCAAUGUCAAGAAGCUUCAACAAAGGGUACACACCUUGAAGACAGGCAGAAUGAACAUAUGGCAGCUCUUGAUGAGAAAGCUCUCAUUCAGCAAGGCUAUACAAGCAAGCCUUACAAUAUGCAGCACAGCAUAAAGAAAUCAGAAGCUGAGGAUGUAGCUGCAGAGAGGAGAAAACAAACUGUAGUAGAACAGGUGAUGGUGGAUCAGUUAUCUAGGGCUGUUAUAAGUGAUCCAGAGCAAUCAACACGAGCUGAUGUUGAUUUGGCAUCUCAUGGACUUCCAGGACUUGGGACAGCACCAUUACGCUUUAGAAAAAGAACACUACAUGAAACAAAAAUAAAGACCAAAUCAGGAUUAACUGAAAACAUGCUUUCUAACAAGCUACGCUUUGAUAGUAGGAUUGUAUCAAGAAAUGGUCGUGAUGCUUGUAGAGAAUUGAUUGGAUUUUUUUUUGCAUAUGACAGAUCCAUUACUGUGUAUGAAUUUCGACAGUUUGGAAAAAAUAGAACAAAUGCCUUGCCUUUCAUUCAGAAGGGAAUUUAUCAACACCAGCAAGGACAAAAGAAGGGAAAAGCUUAUGCUCUCAGUGACUUUUAUAUUGGAGCUAACCUCACUUUCCGGAGUGCUGAUCAUAACCUUCCAGAAAGUGUUAAGCAGAACCCCAUUCUCACCCUUCGUGUGACAAGUAUUGAUGGAGCAGCUAUGGAUUAUCUAAAAGCUAGUUCUAUGGAACUUGAGCAAGAAUUUGACAAGCAAGAGACUGAUGACAACAGAGUUUUCAGGAAGAUCCAAGGUGUGCUCAGAGAGACACUAAGUAAAAGGGGAGUUCGUGUUAUAACAGGCUUAGGCAAGUAUUUCCGACAACUAGACAAGAGCAGAAAUGGGUUUCUCUCUCAGGCAGACUUUAAAGCAGCUCUAAAAUUAUUCCAUUUGGAAGUCCCUGAAGGGGACUUUGAAUCCUUAUGGCUUAUUCUGGAUCAUAGCAAGACAGAUAAAGUUGACUAUGGAGAAUUUAUUCGUGCUGUAGUUGGAGAAAUGAACGAGCAUAGGAAAGCAUUUGUAAGAAAAGCCUAUAUGAAACUAGAUUUCAACAAAACUGGGACCGUGCCUAUGACAGAUAUCAGAAAAUGUUACUGUGCAAAGAAACACCCUCUAGUAUUGGCAGGCAAAGCUACAGAAGAAGAAAUUAAAUCAUCAUUUCUAGAAACAUUAGGAGAUUCCUGCAGCAAUCCCAAUGAAGUAUCCUACUGUGAGUUUGAAGAUUACUAUGAAGGAUUAAGUGUUGGCAUCAUGGAUGAUGAUGAUUUUGUUAAUAUCUUAAGGAACCCUUGG